AUAAUUCUUGAGCAUCAGGAUAUUAUUUCUAAUAUAAAAGUGCGUAAUUUGUUAGAAAAUAAAGAAUUUUUUACUACAUGUUGGCAUAUUCGUUCAAUUUGGGCUCCUAUUAAAAAAUAUAUUAAUAUACUGGAAUCAAAUACCGCAACCCUAGCUGAUUGCUUUAUUCAUAUGAUUAAGUUAGCAAUAGCAAUAUAUCAGUUACCUAAUCUAAAUCCAUUCAAAAUUCCAGCCAUACAUGUAUUUAAUGUCUGUUAUAUUGAAUUUCAACAUCCAGCAUAUUUACUUUGUUAUUUUAUAUAUUCACAAUAUAGAGGUCGUGAAUUACGCAAUGGGGGAUUCAGAGAUGCUGCUUUAAUUGCAACAAAAUUAUGGCAAAGUCUUGGUCAUGAUAAGCAAGAAAGUUAUGAAUUAAUUUCUCACUUGCAUCGAUUUGAAGCUCAUUUGGCACCUUAUGAUCUACCUUAUAUUGAAAAUAUGAAUACUCCUGAAUUAUG